UCCUCUCCUCUCCUCUCCUCUCUGGCUUUGUGCUCGUCUGAUAGAUCUCGGAGAAGAUAAGUGGAGCGCCGAUGCUGGAGGAGAUGGGGCUGGAGUUGAAGCUGUGCGCCAUGCGGAUCGUGGGUGGCUUCGUGAAGGAGGCGUCAGCGAUCGGGAGCGGGAGCGGGGACGGCGGGCGGGCUGCGAGGCUCGAGGAGUCUAUCAAGAGCUUGGAGGAGGAGAAGAGAAAGAUCGAAGCUUUCAAACGCGAGCUCCCUCUCUGCAUGCUUCUCCUCAGCGAGGUGAUCGAGGGGUUGAAUAAGGAGAUCCAGCGAUGCCGCGGCGACAGGUUCGGGUGUGUCUUCGAAGAAUUCAUACCCAUGAAGAGUAAAGUUGAGGAGGAUGGAAGGGUAAAAGCGGAAACGGACUGCAAAGAUAAAAAGAACUGGAUGAGCUCCGCCCAACUCUGGAACGAUAAUCACAGCGACAACGAUGAUGAUGACAAAGCCCACGCCAACAUAAUCUCCGAAGAGGACGGAGGCUAUCAUCGCAACUUCUUCUCGGAAUGCAAGAAUCGCAACGGCGGGGGCGCAUUUGUGCCUUUCAAACGUCUGUCGUCGUUUGCUGCGAGCUCCAAGGAAGAGGAGAAGCCUCCACCCGCUCUGCCGGACCUGUCGCUGCAGUCGCCUGCGAUCGAGAACACCCCUGGCCUUGUAACCUGUGCUGCCGAGGAUCACCGUGUCGGAGGAUGUGGCUCUAAAGCCGUUGACGAAGCAUCGGAGUCAUCUCCGGCGACCGCCAACACCCACCUUAACGUGCAGCCACCGAGGAAGGCGAGGAGGUGCUGGUCGCAGGAGCUGCAUCGUCGGUUCGUGCUCGCUAUCCAACAGCUCGGCGGUGCUCAAGUGGCUACUCCCAAGCAGAUACGAGAACAGAUGAAGGUGGAUGGGCUCACCAACGACGAAGUGAAAAGCCAUCUGCAGAAGUAUCGGCUGCACGCUCGAAGGGUGCAUAAUGCUUCAGCUACAGCGGACCGACCAGUCGUCGGAGAAGGCCUAUGGAUUCCUCAGAAGCAAUACGCUGGUUCCUCACGGCGGAGUGCGUCACGAUCUGGUUCUCCGCAAAGCCCGCUUCAUUUAGCUGGCUCGGCUCACGCACUUUCAAUUACUGCCGGAGAUAGCUCGGAGGAGGAUGGCAAAUCAGAGAGCUGUAGCUGGAAAUGAAGGAAAUUUAUGGGUACAGGCAGUUGAUCUUCAAGUCGGAGAGGUGUAGUAAUCUGAAGUGAGGCUUUUAGGUGGGUGGGUGCCUACGUGAUGAGAAGAGAUCGAUUGUAAAGAGAGAACAACAAUUUUGCUGAUACAACCGCCGGGAACGACCGCUGCCUAGUAGUAGCAGCAGUAGUAGUAAUACUAGGUUAUAUAUAUAUACAAAAAAAGAUGUGUAGCUUAUGCUGACGAGAGGAGUAUUAUUGAAACUCCUCUGGGAUUAUAUGUUUCUUUCUUUUUUGUUCUUGCAUUUCAAUCUCUGGACAUCGUGAGGGUUAUCUUGGCACUGUUCGAUCAAAGUGUCAUCAUUUCUUCUAUGAUAAAGUAGUUGUUCCUCUUUCUUUCUUCGACAA